AUGUUAUGUUUAAUUAUGAAAACUUUUAGGCACACACAAUAUUUAUAUUUAAUUUCUAUGGAAAAGUUGCUUUACUUCUCAGCUCCACAACAAUGCCCAUUCAAGAUGGAUACUCAAAACUCAGAUGAGAGAAAAAACAUUCAAAUUAACAUCUUUGAAAGUAUGCAGAUAGAUUUUAAGCCAGAAAAACUCAAGAAAAGACGUAAGGUUGACGACUACGACUACAAUGAUCCAUUUUUAGAAUCUUUUGAAGGUGAAUUUGAUGUUGUUGAGCUUGAAUGCAAAUUAGAAAAUUUUUUCGUUUACAAAGGUAAAAUUACUGAGGAUCCAAAGAAAAUUGCAAGAAAAUACAACAAUAGCUUGAAGAAACAAAAGUUGGUUGAUACAAUACAAAAUAAUGAACAAGAAUUUAAUGAAGAUUCAUCAAAAAUGUUGCAAUUUGAAUUUGAAAAAAGGUUAAUAAAGUCUAUAAACCAAAGUUGCAAAUAUAGAAAGGAUCCAAGAUUUGAUAAUGCAUUAAUUUGGAUGGUUUUUAUUAGAAGCACCUUCUCUGAGUUUGAAAGAUACCUGAAACAUAAAAUAAUUUUUGCAUUCAAACAAGAAGGUUAUUUAUCAACAUUGAAUUGUUCUUCCGUUCUUGAAAAUGACUUUGAGACUGAGUUUAAAAGCUUACACUCAAAAAUUGAAUCUUGCUUCAAAAAUUAUAUGGAAUGCGCAUCAUGUGAUAAAAAUUUUUCAAUUGAUAUGAAAAAUUUUGAAAAGCUGAAAGAUGAACUAUUUGUAGACGAAAUGAUAGAGUUUAUCAUCCUAUAUAUUGCUUUCUAUGUAUGUAAAACCGAAAAAAGCGUUAAGCAUGUCAAGAAUUUAGCAAUUGAAUAUUUGUCUACUAUAUUACCUGAAAAAUGCACAAAUAAAACUAAGAUCAAGCAUUAUAUUUUCAAGAAUAUUUGUUUGAAGGUUGAAAGCUCAGGAUAUGAUUUAGAAAAGGUAUUAGCUGGGCAAUUUAUGUUGAAAGAGUGUAAUAGUAAAUCCGCAAUAUCAACAAAAAAUGAUAAUCAAAUUACUAAAGCUAAGAAAAUAGAUACAUCGAUAGACUCUGAAAGUAUGAAGAGCAUUCAAGAUCUAAACGCAUAUAUAAAACCUGAAAGUAACUAUCCUGCAGUUAAAUCUUCAAGAAAAGUCAAGAGUAAUGCAGAACGAGUACCACAAAAGACUAAAAAAGUCAUGCCCAAAUGUUCUCAGGCAUUUGAUAUACCAAAAUCUCAGAUGUUGAAUUCAUCUUCAAGAUACAAAAGUUAUCUGACUGAUUCUGUUGACAACAGUGGUAGCAUAUCCUCCAUUAAUAUCUUUGAGCCUAGUUUUAAUGAAAAUUCUGUUUCGAUUGGUACUGACUUAAAUCCAUCGUCCAACUCAAUCAAUUUAUUAUCAGGUUCUGGGAAUUCUAUAUUUUCAAAUAUAUGUACAAAAGAAAAGAAAAACAAACAGUAUUCUCCACCUACUUUUCCAGUCUUUUCUACUAGUUUUUUAAACACUAAUCAUUUUAAACUAAAUAAUUCUGGGAAAAAUGAAAAGAUCGUUAUGAUUGAAUCAUCUCUCGAAAAUACAAUUCCUAGUAUUGGUGAUAUCCAUAUUAAUAAUAAGUUGAAAGGAUUUUUGGAAUAUAUUAAUCCUAUCCAUUCAAUAGAUGAAAAUGCGAUCUAUAAUGCCAAUGAUAUUAACAAUGUUGAUAGUCUUAAGGGGUCUUCUGAAUUCAUUAAUCCUGUUCAGUUGACUAAUGACAAACCAAUAGAUAAUAAGCUGUUGAGCUAUAUAGCUACUGAUGGAUUAAGUAGAAAAUACGAAAACAACGAAUCAUUAGAUAGCACAUUGAAUGGUGUUGGGCAAUUCAUUAAUUUAGCAGCAUAUAGUGAUGAUAAGAAUUUAGAAAUAUUACACAAUAAUGAAUGUGUCAAUGACCAUGAAGUUUGUAAAAACACUUUUGAUAUGCCUGAAAAGAAUCUUUUGACACUUUCUACAAAUUUAAAUUCAACAGUGAUUGAAGAUUCUAGUCAGGAUGAGGACAAUCAUUUAACUUUUAACUCAAACUAA